GUCGUCAUAACAACGUCAAAUAAUAUGACAGAUCGCUGCUAGAAUUCACCAAUCAGCACUUUUGUUUUUCUGUGUACGUCAUAUGACACGUGAUUCAGCAAAACAGAGCUUUCGAGUUCUGUUUCGAUAUCCGAAAACAACGAAGCGCACGUUGAAGUGUGUUUUGGUGCACCAGAAAGGUUACGUUCACCGGGAUUAUCGAAAUAAUGGACACACUAAAGGAACAAGCAAUGAUAAAUCAAUUCGUUAUGGCGGCUGGUUGCGCAAGGGAUCAAGCAAGACAGCUUUUGCAAGCGGCACACUGGCAGUUCGAGACGGCAUUGAGCCUGUUUUUCCAAGAGGCAGCGAUUCCUUCUCAUCCACAUAACCCACUUGUGACGCCAGCAAAUACUCCGGCUACCCCUCCGAACUUUCCUGACGCAUUGAUUGCUUUUGCAAAGCUACAAGCUUCGGAAAAGGCCCAAACUUCAACAAACAAGAACACAAAUGAACCAGUUAGAUGAGCUCCGUUGCGCAACGAAUUCAGUUGGUCAAGGGGUAGCCCCGACGUAUAAACUUUGUAAAAAGGAAGCGAUUGACUAUAUACCAUUUACAGAAUAUGUGUUAAAAACAUACUGGAUCCCUGUGUCAUCCAAAGUACUAAAGAAUAUCACAGAGGUGAUGAGGUUCGAUGAAGAAAACAAUGAGUAGAUUUGCUAUGUAGCAAAGUUGUACCGGCACGCUCAGAUAGAAUGGCAUCUGUCGUAACCGGAGUUUUCGAACUGAAGAAACCAGAGGAUCGUAUUUAACCGAUCAAAAACACUGAUCCCUUGGAGGGAACUCAAGAAUGUGGGACAUGAGAAAAGAAGUGGGAAGAGUGUGUGAAUUUGGUUGGAAUAUCUCUUGUGCGGUGUGUUGUUCUGCCUGGUGCAUUUGUUAUGGGUGGGAAAUAUCAAGGCACUAUCCUUUGAAUUACAAUCGCCACUUUCGCAGUAUACAACUUAUACGCAAGCAAAUGCAUUUGAACCCCUUAGCUAUUGCAUCAGCCUAAAUCAUUUCGGAUAAACCGAAACUACGAGCUAACAGGCAUUGGUAGUUAUCCUACGUGAUGAAUAAAGCACUUAUUGGUGUUACUUAGCAUUAUUUACAUCAAGAACUCAGUCGCGGCUUAAAAAACUAAACAGUUAUAAAGAUUUAAAAAGCAAGACAUACUUUCGGAUAAGGAAAAAAUUUGGAUUGCUUUGAGUUGCAUAAACAAAGUUUGUUAUUUCUGAGAAAUGUUGUGCUAAACUCUUAAAGCUUGCAGUCCUGUGUUUGGGAGAAGCUAGAAACCGAAUCAUGGAGAAAUUCCCUUCAAAUUAAAACGUUGCUGAUUUGUAA